AUGAUUUAUGUGUGGUCUGAUGCUGCAGCGAGCAUCUUGACGGGUGUGGUGGUGACGACGGCGAUGAACCCGAUGGACGUGGUGUCGACGCGGAUUUACAGCCAGAAGGUGGUGAACGGCAAGGGCAAGCUGUACUCGGGUGUGGUGGACUGCAUCAUGAAGACCAUGAAGAGCGAGGGCCUCCGCGGCUUUUACAAGGGCUGGACGGCGCACUACAUGCGGCUAGGCCCGCACACCAUAUUCACCUUCCUCUUCUGGGAGGAGGCCAAGAAGAUCGCGGCCGAACUCGGAUACUAA